GACCGCCUUGAUCCCGUCGAGGUUCCGAGCUCUUUGGGUUUCGCCGUGCUCUUGUCGCGCCAAGCGGUCGUUUCGUGGCUCCGUCGUGUUGGGCGUCGUUAUCAGUUGCCGUACUGCUUAGCGCUGCACGUUGCACAAUACCCGCACGACUCGUCUCGCAUCGGUAAAGACGCGGCGGCGGUGAGCGUGCGCCACACCGGUGAAACUCGACUCAUCCCAGCCGCGGCCGCUUGACCUGACAUGCCGACGCCGUCACCACGCGUCCAAGCACCACCGUGCGUGGCCGACUCCUUUUAGAGGCAUUCGUCGCGUAUUUGGUGAGCGGCAUUUUACGGCGUGUUGCGAGUACGCGAAGCAGCAGGCGAUCCGCGAGACACUUCCGCAAUGUCGACGAGGCGCUCCCGGAUCCAGAUCAAACCCAACUUGGGGCGCAAGAGCGACGGCCCUGCGGCGUCGGGACCGCGGAAGCCGGCACCGCCAGCCCCGGCGGCGGCUCCUCCACCGCCUUCGACGACGUUGGGUUCCGGUGACAGCGUCGCCGUCACCCAAACGAUCGCUGCCUCGUCAGCACCGGCACCUGCACCGCAUGAGCCUAGCGCUGCGGACCAACCCGACGUUGCGAGCGUGCCAGACCAGCCGGCCACGGUGCCGGCGGAAGAGCCCUUGACCCCAACCGCGGCUCCCGCAGAGCCGCCUUGCGCUGCGGUCGCCGUCUCGGAGUCUCCAGUGGACCCUCCGGACCCACCGCCGCCAGAGCCCGCCGUGACCAAAUCGCCGCCGAAGCGGCCAGCGCCCGUCGUGACCGCUUCGGAGUCUCCACAAAAGGUAGCCAGACCAUCCGAAGUAACAGAGCCGUCAACCCCUCAGCAGCCGGUGCCCACCCCUAACACGCCAUCGGAGCCACGGACUCGCAAGGCAGAAAAGCAGGUGCGGCGUCGCAGCAGGCGUACGAGUGCUCGAAAGCCACCCACGGACCGCAGCGCCAUGACCAUGCAGGACCUCAUCUACUACAAUCCGCCUGGGAACCCCAUGCCUGAGAAGUCAUCCAAAACGUUGAGCAGGGACAAGGCUGUUCCGGAGACUGGGUCAGUCGCUGAUGUGGAGGAACAGGAGGCUGUAGACGAUGUGGCCGAGCAGGAGGAGGACGAGUCCGCAGAGGUGGGACCCCGAGUCCGACUCGGUCCCAACGGCGAGAUCACGCUGGACGAGGAGAGUCUGGUGAUCCGCCGGCAGGUGGCACAGCCCUCGACACGCGCCAUUGUAUACGAGACGGGUGGCGAGACCAACUACGCGUCGUUCCGCAAGAAUGCCAAGGGGCGGCGCACGUGGACGCCGGCGCAGACUGCGCGCUUCUACCGGGCGCUCAGUGUCUGCGGCACUGACUUUACACUUAUGGCCACUUUCUUCCCCAAGCGCACUCGCCAGGACCUCAAGAACAAGUUCAAGCGUGAGGAACGCCGCAACCGGGAGCUCGUGGACCGCACAAUCAAUGACCCCACCCAGUUUGACCCCGAGGGCCUGGAGGAAGAGACCGACGAGCCUGACGAACCAGAGCCCGUGCCUAAGCGUGGAAGGGGCCGCAAGCGCAAAACCCCACCCACGGAAGACAUCACCGUUCAAGAGGAAGUGGUCGAAGAGGAGGUGGUGCACGAAGAGAUCAUCAUCCAGGACGAGCCGGAACCAGACAAGACCGCAGAGGAGACGACGGGGCACGCCACAGGGACGGCCGAGUCUGCAACGACAGUGGGACCACUUGUGCCGGGAAGCGCAGCGGUCGGGACGACGCCACCACUCAGGCUGCAGGCUGGGCAGCUGGUGUUCUACGCCAGCCGGACACAGGAGCAGGUGGUGCAUGUGUUUGUGGUGGCACCGCCGCAGGGCGGUGCGAGCAGCGAACUUGCUGCACGUCUCAGCAGUCCACCCUUGCCGCGCGUUGCGACAGCCCCGCCCUCCGCGGCCUCCUAGUAGUGUUUUGCUUCUGUGGAUGUGUGCAUGUGUGUGCUUGUGUGCGUGUAGGCACCCACGGGACCUGGUGUGUUUUGGUGCACUCUCGAACAUGCUACGUGUUGUGGUGGACGUUGUGUGUUUGUACGUGAACAUGACCCCAGCGCAUUCGCGGUACGCACGUUCGGACGUGUACCUUUGCUCACGCUUAGCGUGGAAGUGAGCUUUUGUGCGGGUGCACUUGGAUGGUGGCACAGUACUGUUGGGCCAAUGGAAAGGCGAGGCGCCUAGAGGUAUGCUUACCCCCCACUCGCCUCGUGCUUUGCCGAUUCCCUACGCUGUCCAAAUGGUGUGCCGUAGCAAAAAUUAAGCGAGGUGCGGCUCGGCAAUGCCAGUGCAAUCUUUCCACACUGUUGCCUUUGCACAUUUUGUGUGACAGUCCUAGCUGACUAGAACCAUCUCGUCAGACUUGUCAGUGUCGUUUCACUUGUAUCUCGACGCAUGUUCUCACAUAACUGGCGUUGCUUACGAUCAUGUGACCAAGCGAAGCGUCUUAUCGAGUGUAGGAGUGCGCGUGAAAACGUCGUCUGCUUCACUGACGAGAGAGCCUGCAAUGAAUGGGACUCAUUUUGUGCUUCCUAAAACAGAAGCUAACCAACCAAAGCCACUCUUACAUCUUUGAAAUAGCUGCCAUUUUGCGUGAAAUCUGCAUAGAGGUCACAUGGCAAUAUUACUUCAUAUAUGUGACAGUCAAGCAUUGCUAUUAUUUAUUGCUGAUCCUCUCAGCCUAAUGUGUCGGCCGUCUGCUGAAGACGCCAUAUUUUAUUUUAAGUGCCCUUGCACUUGAGGCUGCACUUAUGUUCCAUGUGCUCUCAGGAAACUUAAGAGACUUCUUUUUGUGUGUGGACAUUUCUCUUAAUCGUGCUGACGUGAAUGAACAGGCGUAAUUGUGCUUUAUAUAAGCGUCCUGUUGGCAUAGUUUGGUUUCCUGUCGUAGUGGAAACUCUCGGAUGAAUGUAGUUCCUGUAUAGAUCAUAUGCCGGGUGAAAGCAUUUACACUUCCAGUAUUAAUACGGUAUUUAUUCUGGAAGAUCCGGCAGUGGCCAUUCAGGCCAAGUGCAACUAGGGCUCUCUUAAAAGGGGAAGGGCCUAUUGGCUGCUGCACUGCGAGCGUACUCUAACAGAUGGUUUCGAGGCAUUUCGUGUGUUUACUGCACAGAACGUAUGGUUUGAACGAGCACUGUUUGAUGGUAGUGGCUGAACUAGAUGCUUGUACUGCAGAAAUGGCAAGUUCAUGGCAGAGGCACUGCAGUUCACUUUUCCGUAACAUGGCAUAUGUAUUUGUCGUUAGCCGCCUCACCUGCAAAGUCGCUGAUUGGCCAGAAACAGUUGCAUGUCAAGGUGUACGCGUGGGUAUCAAGAGUUUACCAGCCUCUGUUACGUUAAAGACGCUUGUAACCUAGCUGUAUGUUGGGUGCCCGCCGCAACCUUUGUGCAACUGUUUUUGCGCUCUUGACUUGUGCACCACCCGGAGUUGAUAAAUGGAGGUGGGCACCAACCUGUGUGGCCUGUUGAGCCACAAAACAAAGAAUUGUCUCGUGGUCCAGUCAAUGAAGAACCAAAUACAGAUGGCAGGUUGAUCGUUGAGAAUAAAAGAUAGCACAAGUGUAGCUGUAUUGCAUUACAUGCCAUUGUGCUUACUGAUAGUGAUGCUGGGCUGUUCCGGCUCGUCAGUCUUGAGCUAGUUCAGGAGAUCAUUGUCAUUUCCCUGGAAGCUGGCCGCUUAUCAGAAGAAAGAAUUGCUUGGGUAUAAGAGCUAUCUGCUGAAUCACCCCUGUGACUGAAUAGUGGGAAUGGCCCUGCACUCUGCCUAUUGGUGUGUUCAUGAUCUGCAAUGCCACGUGCUGUAAUGUUAUCACUCUGACCCUCAGUAUCUUGCACUGAUCUUCUCUUCGUAUUGAUAGUACAUUAUCAGAAGCGAAAGAUGUGCUCGGCUUGCUACCAAGGCAGACUGAACCAUGUAGUGGGCCUUGGGGCUGCAUUCUUUUGCAAUUUUAGAUCUCCAUUGAACUCCAUCUUUAUUGAGAGCUCUGAAAUGCCAGAGGUAUGAUGAGAGAUUCACUACAUAGUUUGUAGUUAGCCUUGGUUGCACACUGAGCUAUAUGUCUUUGCUUUUGAUAAUCUGGGCCUGUUCUUUGUGAAACUUACUUUGCAUAACAUUGGUCUAUGUUCAGGUGGCUGCCAGUCACGAUAGCAGUCGGUGUGGUGAUAUGAAUGUCUUGAGGAUGAACAAUUAAGCAAAAAGAUCCAGUCAGUGUAGUGAUUUGGGCAAGUUGGCCGUUUAUGGUGAACUUGUUUUUUAGCAUUCACAGACACGGACACACUGAAUGCUUUGUGUGUCCUGUACCCUCUCCUUGUGUCUGUCAGUGCUAAAACAAGUUGAGAAGUUUUGCCAAUAUGGGCGUUGCACACUUUACUUUCAAAGUAAGUUCCCAGCCCAAAGUGCUUGUAAUUCAAUAGGACAUCAACCUGUUACUGUGCUUUCGCUGCCAGUACUGUACUAAUCUGAGAGUAUGGAGAAGCUUAGCUUACUACAAGUCUGUACACUGAACGAGUAGGAGCAGAGUGGUAUUACAUGGCUUAUGUCUAGUCCAACUGCUAGGCAAACUUUUGCAGUAGACAGUACGGUCUGGCUGAAGGCUUCAGGAGAUGGUAGGCCUGUUGUUUGUGCUGGCCACCAUGCUUAUCCGAGAUAUAAAGUGAAAGCCCUGUACAAACUGCCUGCUUCUGACCUGAAUGAUAAGUCCCUGGCGAGAAAUUUUUUUCCCAUCACGCAAGGGGCUUUCCUGAAUUUGAAGCCGUAACUGGUGAUGUCUGUUUAACAAAUGUCUGUUUGGUUACGGUGUCUUUCUCGAUGCUGUGCACUUGCUAAAAGAAGUAGAAAUGGAUUUUGCACAAUUCCUGCUCAAAUAAACCUUCUCCAAGUAGGUGACCUUCAGAA